AAUCACCCUCCUUAUAUGUAUUGCACGUAGUACAUGAACAAUAACAGAUAUGGAAGUGUCAACGUCUUACUGUACGCCGGCUGUCAAUUUCAAAUAUGGCAGUUUUCAAGAUUCAGAUGUCUCAAUGCGAGAAGAUGACCUAUUCCGGAUGGGGAGCUACAAUUCUCAAGGGUACUACGCAGACGGAACUCAUCUAGAUGGUUCUAUCGGAGAAGAGGAUGAAACGUCUUCAGGAAGUAACGAUCAACACAUGGAUUUUGAGGAAGACGAUUUCGAUAUGGAAUCUUCAAUGACAGAAGAUUUGGUGGACGAAGAUGAAGAAGAAGAAGACGAGGAAGAUAAUGACGAAUGGACAAAUCAGAAGCGGACUGAUAAUCAAAAUAGCGUUGCAUAUUACGCAGCUAUGGAGAUGCUUCGAAUCCGUUUCCCAUUCCAAUCAAUAGCCAUUCGAAUUUCGGAUUUUUGCUGUCUCCAGGAGAAGGAUCUUCUCAACGAUACGAUGAUCGACUUCUAUUUGAAUCACAUUGUUGAACACGUACUACCAGACAGCAAUGGUUCAAAUGUCACUGUUCUUCCAUCGAUAUUUUGGCAUAAUCUUUCUUUACGGCAGCACGCCUUUGAUUCUGAAGACGAGAAGAUGAUGAGUGAUGAGCAAAAGAUGGAUCUCAAAUUCGGCGAUUUGCAUGAUUUCGUUGCUGAUUUCGAUCUCCAAGAUUUUGAUUACAUUGUGGUUCCUGUAAACGAGUGGGAGCAUUGGUCAUUGGCAGUCAUAUGUCAUCCGUUCACUGCUCAAGCUCGCACGGUUAUCUUUGAUUCGCAGCUCACUGCGGAUCUUAACAACCUACAGAACAUGGCUACAUUAAUCGAAUCAUUCAUGAAGUAUUCAUACGAGAAACGUACCGGAAAUGCUAUGCCUUUUCCAUUGCCGUGCAUUUUACCACAAAGAAUGCCUCAACAAACCAACAAUUUCGACUGUGGUAUUUUCAUUGCAGAGUUUGCUAGACGUUUCUUGCUGAGCCCGCCAAAAGAUCUCGACAACUUCGACUUUGCACGAGAAUAUCCAGAUUUCUCAACGGCCACGAAGAGAACUGAAAUGCAACGAGUUGUUCUAUCACUAUCCACGAACAGAGCUCGUUGGCGUCCGCUUGUCGAAUUGCUCAAUGGCUAUAGCACUGCCGCACCUCAUCGUGCACUUUAAGCAUAUCCUUCUGGAAUGCAUACUUUGUCUCAUAUGCCCCGGUUCUUUACCGUCCGUCUUCCAUUUCUCAUCCCUUCCUGCCGAAUUCUCCCACUGAAAAGUCUUCCGAAGAACUGUUUCUCUGAUGUCUGAAGGCUUUCGUGACAAGGGAACCUUUUGUUAUAUUAACCCAUUUUCACUCAAAAAACCACCAAAAAUUUUCAAAAAAUAUCUCUCCAUUUCAUUGUUGACCCUUGUUACUCUGUUUUCUUCUCCUUAUUUCUGUUGUUAACCACAUUCACUUUUUUCUCAGCUGAUAUCCGUUCAUCAUUGUUCAUCGUUGAACUAUUUAUUCGGCGUUUCAGUUUCCCCGUUCCCGCCCUUCACCGACUUCUAGACACAAAACAGGUGUUCCGACAAUUUGCGAGUUUAUGUUUCUUCGUUCCUUUACGAUUCCAUUCUUUCCGACUGCGCUUAUAUAUCUGUAAGUAUUCCAUCGUUGUGAUCAGUUUUUAACUUUUCUCAACAAUAAUCGGUUUACCUAUAGUAUCACGUCACCUCCAUUUCUUCCCUUAACACCUCCAUUUUCAUUGAAUUCAAAUUCAUAUCCCAGCUUUUUCUUCACCUCUUCCCACUUUACUGUUGCCUGCCUUAAUCCCCUUCUAUCCACCAUUUAGACACUUUCCUUCAACAUGGAAGAUUGGGUUUUCCGUGCCCAAAACUCUACGUUCACAUGGGUUUCGUUGUUUCUUUGUUCCAGCUUGUAGUGUGAGAGAUUUGUGUUUCCUUCAAAAAAAUGUCUUUAAGGUGAGUGUGGAGAAUGAUGAUGAUUUUUUAUGAAUUUUAAAAAGCUGAAAAGUAUUAAUUAGUGAAGAUAACUGUUUUUAUGCCUGGUAAUUCAUAAGAUGACAUUGUCUGAUCCCUCUUACUUUUCAAAUUUUUUCCAUACCCUUGCAAUCUGUACAUUUUUUGUUGGGUAUCUAGCAUUCAAAUACUUGAAGAUAAUUUAUGUCACGAAAUUCCAUCACAGCGUUGCUCUCUAAUGACGAAUCUUGUUUCUGUUUUAGUAGUUAUUGGAGAUCAGCGCUUUCUUUUCAAAAGUCGUUGACAAAAUGUCCUUUCAAAUCUUGAAUGUUGGUGCAUUUCAUUGUUAUUGUAAAAAAUAUCAAGUCUCCCGCUCUCUUUCUCGUUCGAAUCUUAUGUUUUUCUUUCGUUUUGAGCCAGCUACCAUCUCCCUGUGCUUUCACCCUCUUGCUACACUUCUUUAAUAGUUUUGACUGUCGGAUCCAUGACACAAAUUCCAAAAUAUAUUUGGUAAUCGAAUAUUGAAAAGAAAUCAAGAACGACAUUUCUCAAAAAUUCAUUUUCAAUCUUCAAUUGUCAUUUAAAAUUUUGGUGUCCGCUGGUUUUCACAUCUUGUUAUAUUUAUGAUUUCAUUUUCUUUUUUUGUUUUUUUUACUAGCGCCUCGGUUGAUUGGAUGAUAUGGGUCGUAUCGUUUUUCUACAUUUUUGAUUUGAUAAUAUUAUUUUUGUCAAACUUCCAUGUUAUUCGUUCCUACCGUUUUUUUCUCCCGUUUUCCCAAUUUUUAUGUGGUUCUCUUUCUUUAGAUUCAUAGGGUCUGUCCUCAUAUUGUUCCAAAAAAGCUCUUCUAAAAAUCGUUCCAUGUUGUAAAAGAUCUUGAGCAAAGGCAAUAAACUGUUGAUUAAAA